AUGGAAUAUUUGAUCCACCCAAACAACCAUCUUGUCCCUGGUGGGUUGUUUGACUAUCUACUCUGUUUCCAGUUUUUCGAAUAUUCAAAAAUCGAAGUCCUCUAUCAGCUCUUUUGCAACGAAGAGCAACAAAAAACAAUUCUUCCCUUUUGCUUUCCAGAGGAAGGAGACGAACAACACACCGACACCAAAGUCUUUUCUUUCACUCUCACGAGUCUUGACGGGAAACGUAAAGUCGGGUAUUGUAAACGGUCAACAGCACAAAAGCCAUUUCAGUGUCUUGUACUUGUGACUGGGCAUGCGUACUUUGCUCUCUACAACGACAUUAUGGAGUCACUUUGGGCAGAGUUUGUGAGCGAUUAUCUAACGUUCGUGUUAAUCUGCGACGACUUGUACCAACGCGACUUCCCACUCCCUGGAGAGUCCGUUGUUGCAUCGAAGUCACUUAAAGUCUCAAAUCCAUACAAAUUCACACGAUCACCAACAACUACUGUGUACGCAGUGGGGUCUAUCAAACUAAUGGAACGGAUGGGGGUGUCGACUGUCCUCUUUCUUGUCGGACAGAUCUUGUUAGAACGCAAAUUUGUGUUUGUUGGAGACGAACUUUCGAACAUUUCAAACACCAUCAGAUGCUUUAUGGAGUUGGUACAACCUUUUGUGUGGCAACACGUGUACAUCCCAAUUCUUCCAAAGAAGAUGACGAGUUAUGGAGAUGCACCAAUGCCUUUCAUAAUUGGUUGUCAACGAAAAAUAUAUCCAUUGUUACAAGAGGACAGUGAUUUGGAAGAUGUGUAUGUGAUCGACGUUGAGGGGGGCUUCUUUUUGAACCGACCGAAUUACCCCGAUUUGUUUUGUUCGCAACGGUGUGUCAAAUUAGCGAGUGCGCUCACGCGUUUGAUCAAUUCGUCCGCAGUGAAAAACGAACAACUUGACGGUGUUGUGUACAACCAACUUUUUUUGUUAUACAGAGACAUGUUUCUCAAUUACGACAAAUUUUUCAACACCCACAAAACAAAGCAGUUUAAUUGGAAGGCUUUCAUUAAACAGAGCGAAAUAUCUUAUGUUGAAUUUUUGGAGGAAUUUCAGAACGCACAGAUGUGCUUUAUGUUCUUAGACGAGCGAGAACAAGCAUUGAAUGAGGGCAAACGCUUAUGUGACUUUUGCCCCUUUUUGAUGGAGUCUUUUGAGAAUAAAAAGGAGUUGGAGUGUACAACAUUGGAGAGUUUGGGCAUCGUUCCAAGCGAAGAAACUGUUUGUGUGAAAUGCGGGCUUAAAGUGAAUCCAGGGCAACCAUGUAGCACUCUGUCUGGAGAAGUACUUUGUCAUACAACAUGUCACCGAUGCGUGACGUGUUUGACGUUGAUUGAAGGUAACCCACCACUUCCACAAGAGCAAUGCGUUUUCUGCUUUAGAACAGCAGCGCCCCUCACACAACGAACACCAAAGGAUUAUCAAUGCUUUCAUGACAAAACAAAACCAAGCACUUUGGGACCACUGACUCAAAAGACUAAACCUAAAAUACCUAAACCAACUAAAAACAAAAUCCUCAAGUUUUUUAAGAAAGAUGGAGACCAAAAUGGUGACGAUAUGUAUAUAAGUGAACCUGUGCCUGAUUUGAAAAUGUUUACCAAAUACCUUGGAAUGCCUGAUGUGGAAAUGAUCACUCAAAGAACAAACCCACUUCCUUAUGAAUAUCAACAUCGAGAUAAUGCGGAUAAAGACGAAGAAAAGAGUGGGGAGAAAAAGGGAGUGAAAGCCACGGAGAAUACGGAUAUUAAAGAGAAGGCCAUAAGUAUCCCAAUUAAAGAAGAAGAAGUUGAACAACAGAAAACACUUGCUACGUUGGUGUUAUCACCUUCAGAAGUGCAAAUCACCGGAUUCACACCAUCAAAAGCAAACCCCCCAAAAACAGUAAGACCACCACCAAAACUUGCAUCAAAGAAACAUUCCAUCGAAGUGCCAAGUUAUAUCCCACCCUCAUUUAAUACUCCACAAAACAGCAAAACCCAAGAAGACACUUUACCACCAAAAAGCGAAAUAAUAGAAUCUGAUCCUGUUAGCCCAUUGAAAAGUCCAAAAAUUUCGCAAUUGGCGGAUUCUACUAAUGCAACAGACACAAAACAAGAACAAAAGAAAAGUUUCUUUAAGCCUGCAAAUCCAAAGAACGCAGGACAGAGACAAGUCGCGUUCCAAAUACCACAGAAGGCUCAGACAGCACCAGUUGAUGAACAUAACAAGUUUUUGAAUACACCGGAACGCUCUUUGAGAGCACAACAACAUUCACAAAGCACUUUAACACUAAAAUCGGACCAAACUAAAAUACCACCAGAAAGAAAGACGUAUAUGUCUGCACAACUUCCUCAGACAACACGAGUUGCAAACAUGAAAGCAUUUUCUGCAAGACCCGUCGGUGCUCCAAGACAACCGGUUUCUCAAACCACUAACUCGAUUUCACCGGAAGCGAAACAAAACCCAACUUAUCAACUCACAUCAUCACAAAAACCAUCAUUUGAGGGACAACUUAAACAAUCACAACUGCCAUCGACCUGCUCAUUACCAGUAAAUACAGCACGUGUGCUUUCUCAGUCGUUGAACAAUCCUGUUGUGCCUCCAAAACCAAAACAAAUACAUUCGAGAACACAAGCACUUGGGUCGAACACGUCAAGGCUUUCACGUUCUUUGAAUUUUGCGACUUCAAUGAAAAGCCAAUCAUCAAAAAGCGUGGAAAGUACUCAGCCAGUGGGGUCGUAUUCACAAAAGCAAAACGAACAAAUUUCACAACCUUCACUAACAACUCUACCACCUCCACCUUACGUGAUGGAGACGAAAACAAACAUCGAAAUUCAACAACCAAAAAGUCCAAAAACACCACCACUCACGUUACGAACAACUUCCGUGAAAAGUCACUACAGCUUGCCUGAUUCAAAUGACACACAUGUUGCACAACCACACCAAGUCAAAAAACCACCAUUUGUUUUAAAAUCGAGAAAGGUACCAACGAAAGGCGGUGAGAGUAUUAAAGACGAACAACCACACUUUGGACAACACAAAGUAAUGGAGCAAAACACGAUAAAAAAUGGAGUGCCUAGGCUCCAAACCUCGACAGACCAAGCGUAA